UUAAUUGAUCCAAUUCGUACGCCUUGGCUUCUCGACGCCGAUGACUGGCAAGAUCAAGGCAUUACGUACAUUUUGUGAGCAAUGCGCCGAUCUCCAUCCGCGCGUCCCUGGGGCUACGUUCAGAGUAUGAUACCAAGCCCGAAAAAAACACUGCCACUCAAUCUUCUAAGCUUCACCUUUGUCCUACAGUCACUGUCCCGUGAGCAUGAACACGGGAGCUUCUCGGAUAGAUUGGAAUUCUCACAAUGAUUUCUUCAAAUUCACUCGUGGCCGCUUCAUUGUUGAUGAGGCAGAGAAUGCUCGAAAGCGAGAGAUCAGAUUCGACAUGAAUAGCCUCGCAAGAGUCGCAGCACAGUCGGUUGGAGCCGCGCGAUGCAUUGCCAUCGAAAAGUACCCUGACGGCAUGUUCAACAAAGCCUUCCUCAUGACUAUGGACAAUGGUCAAGAAGUUAUAGCCAAGAUUCCCAACCCGAAUGCUGGCAUUCCACACUCCACUACUGCUAGUGAAGUCGCCACGAUGGACUUUGCUAGAAUAUUUCUUGAGACCCCAGCGCCUCGUGUCUACGCACGGAACUCGCAAGCCAAAUCGCACCCCGUGGGCGCUGAGUUUAUCAUUAUGGAAAAAAUAGAAGGUGUUCCGCUCUCCCAAGUCUGGAGCACUAUGAAAUUACCACAGAAGCUUCAAGUGCUUCUUGCCAUGACACGUAUCCAGAAGCAAUGGCUGAACGUCUCAUUCUCGCAUUACGGCAGCUUGUAUUACACGGAAGACUUGCAGCCACCAGCAGGCAACCACUUCGUCAAGGAUGGCAAGGCUGUGAGAAAUUCGGGCUUUGCCAUUGGUCCGGCUACAGGCCGGGACUGGUGUGACGCAGGCCGCUCAGAUCUACUCCGGUUGACCCUGGUGGUUUUGUUAGUACGGUAA